AUGAUCGCACUGCUCGACCACCUUGCCACAACCGGAGAAGAAAAUGGUAUACUGGUGUUCGAUCGCCAAAGCUUGUCGGUCAUGCUCGUCAUAUUCGCCCAAGCCCACCUUCCUAUUACCGCGAUGCAUCUCUCGCGACUCGCGAUUUCCGCAUUGCACGAUCCCAGAACCGCACCUCGCUCCUGGACCGAACUCUUCUGGCUCGCCGAUCGGAACUGGCAGAACCCAGUUUCCCUGGGCCUCCUCGUGAUGCCGAUGGUCAAGAGCCGCGUUCUUCCCUCCCCAACAUUCGCCAUAUUCUCUCUGACGUGCCUCCUUGCCACGAUCACCCCGAUCACCAUGUCGCGAGCGUGGCCAGCACAAUCGGAGUCAAUGACGGUCAACGGGACCAUCACAGCCAACUGUUCGUCGCUGGACAAGCUCGGGCAGGUCGAUCCCAAAUCUCAGCUGUCGGUUGGCGUGGCCUUAUGCACGGGCCAGACUGAGGGGGCGGACAUCCAGGCCUACUACAACGAGAACUCCGAUGAUGAAUUUUUUUCAGGGUCAGGGUCUGUCUACGGCUUGAACGUCACAUCCAUUCCCGGGUUCUUGUUGCGGAACCAGGGAUGUUUCCCGAUGAAAGGCGCAUCACGUCCAGCAUCCAAUUCUGACGAUGAUCUAAAGAGAUGGUGUGAUGGCACAGGCCUCAACGAAACGUGGCAUUCAUCCACGUUGAACGGAUCGAACGGCAUCGUCCUCCACAUGAGCUGGUGUAGCAACUUCUACGCCAAUGCUUCGUACAACGCUCGCUGGAUGAGCGAACCUAAUGCGUCCGCCACAGCCGCUAUCGCGGUUACGGCCACGAAUGGCGGCUCCCCGCUGGUUUCCGGCCUCAUCCGCUGCGACCUCUCGAUUUCGUCCGGAACGGCGGACGUCGUCUACCAAAGCUUUUACGACGCCGCAUUCCGCAAGUUUCAGCAUCACCCGCCCACAGACGCAGCAUCAGUUCAAUCCGAUGUCCCCUAUCACCCCUUGUACGCUGCGUUAUAUUACAUCACGCAACUGGGGGGAAACAACGGCAGCGCGGACACCACCCUGAACCAGUUGAACAUCGGAAUCGACGACGAGGACUACGAUUACACGCCCAACAUCGAUGAUGUCGCAAGCGCAAUCGACUCUGUCGCGUAUUGCAUGGCUGGAAGCCUCGCCUCUCUCUCCGAGGCACCGGUGCAUCUGAAUUAUACGAUGCUCGAGUCUCUGGACAUCGUUCAAUGGCGCCGCAAACCGCGUUACAUCGUUGCCACCCUCAUCUCCAUAGCCGGUUGGUUUCUUCUCCUGGUAUACAGCACCGUCAAGAUGUAUCGCCCCACCUUCGGCGGGAGCUUGAAUAGCUACGUUGCCGCGCGUCUCCUCGCCGACAGCCCCGAGCUCGUGGAGGGCCACUGCUGCGGAGAGCUUAAGAGCAACCCAAAGCUUCACGCUCCGUUCGGAUGCGUCGCUGACGUUCGCGCGGACGAACCGGUCGGACACAUUGGGGUGGUCGCGAGCAAAGAGCCGCGGUGUGCUCUCGACCGCAAGCGGAGGGAGUACUCGCUCACUAUAUUGCAGAUCACGACGCAAGGCCUGAUCAUCAAACACUUCCAUAAUGUUUCUGCCCUCUUGAGUGGCAUGCGCGCCGCAAUCUAG